UGGAGCGUAGAGCUCUUAAUUUUAGCGAUCGAUCAAACAAUUCACUCACCCAACGUCAGUUUGCGUCUUAUUUUUCUAUCCUGAGAUAUGUCUUUGUACAAGGCAAGAAGAAGUUCUUUGCGUCAGUCGCUCGCAUAUAAAUUAUUGCCUAGGAAGACUCUAAUUAGGCCUGAUAGAUUAAAAGGUCGUUAUUUGUUUCGGUCGGCUGUGCGGCGCGUUUUCGAGUAUAUGAAUUGGAUAACAGAGGAACCAAUAAUCGAGGAAAUUAGCGACGAUGUGACGAUUAAUAUUAAAAUGGCUCAGCAGAGGCACAAAAUAGAAAAAAAGUUGCUCACAUUAAAGGAUCGAUCGAUAUUGUUAGUGAGACCAUCUGAAAGAUCUUCUGCUGACAAAGUGUACAUAUAUGAUCUUAUAACAAAAUUUCACGCAUUUGCAAAGCAUCCGGAGGACUUGAAAGAAAAGCUGGCAACUGUGUGUAUUUAUCAAUAUUUACCGGCUGAUCGAAUAAUCGUUCGUCAGAGUCGUAGAGCGGAAAAUCUUUAUUUUAUUAUAAAUGGUGAAGUCACACUGUCAAAAGUAGCGAUCAAUGAAUUAACAGGUAAUGAGGAAGUUGUAGAUAUGGGAAUCAUGCAUGCAGGUGACAUGUUUGGCGAAGUUGCAUUAUUGCACACAGUGUCGAGAACAUCAACGAUAAUCACAAAAACAUCGAUCGACUUGCUUCUAAUUACUCGGGACGAUUUCGAUAGCAUAUUGCGUGAUAGUUUGACGAAGAAGUGGGACGUUCUCCGCGAUGCGUUAGUUCAUUUUAAUUAUUUCAAGUUGUGGGAUGAAGAGACGGUACGAGAGUGUUGUAUUCUGAGUAAACUGAAGGACUUUAAACCUAAUGAGGUUUUAUUAGGCGAUGGAAGAGGCAUGGUGAACUACGUGCAUUUUAUUUUGAGUGGGAAAUGUCGCCUUAUUGAGCAUAUGCUCGUUCGCGAACGUUCUUCUUAUCAUGGAACACAAUACGAAUUAUAUGAUUCCGAAAAUUUUGGUCCACAAAAACAAUCACGAAGAGUGUCGAGACAGAUUGCGGAAUCUGUCGAGCUUGAAUCGAAUCCACUUGACAAAUCCAUUCCAAGACCCGUUGAAACGCAAGACGAAGUCGAUCGAUCAAGCAUCGUUACCGCCACACUUUUGGACGUUGUUAAAGGGUGGCACAAAAUUACCGAUAUUGCGGCGAUAUUAAUGCGAGAACCGUCUGUUACAUCUCACGUACAUUAUCCGAAUGAUGUUCGUACCAUAUUCAUGCAAAUAUGCAUCUUCUCCCGGGGUGCAUGUUUCGGUUUAGGCGAGAAAAUGCUUCAUCGAAGAAUUGUAGCGAUUACACCAGUACGAUGUUUUCUCAUCCCGCGUUAUUGGUUGUUCGAGCACAAUCGUGCCAAUAUCUGGGGGCGUGUGAAACUGUUUAUGGACUCAAAAUACCCAACUAAGAAACAGUUAUUCAAUGAGUUUCUCUUAAAUCGAAAAUGGAUGACGUACAAGCAGAAUUUAGUUAAAGAUGUCAUUCAACGACGUGGUUAUUUUCAUAGUAAUACAACGAUACAUGACGUGCCAUAUUCCAUCAGAAUUACAGAUGAAAUAGAUCCAAAAUUAUAAUUGCUUCUAUCAAAUCGAUAUUAUUUUAAACAAUAUU